CGGCGCCGGAAGCGCGUCUCCCCGGCCGGCCGGGGUUCCGCCCUCCCCAAAGAUGGCGGCGGAGGAGGCGGAGGCGAGCCGCCCGCGGCUCCCGGAGCUGCUGGAGCAGGGCUGGCGACUGCUGGACGAGGUGGAGGCGAGCAGCGAGCCCGCCGCGGCCCGGCAGGUGCAGGACAAGGUCAAGCUGGGGCUGAGCCUGCUGGACCAGGCCGCCCGCAUGGUGGAACAGCUCGAUCUCUUCAGCCGGAACGAGGAGCUGGAGGAGGUGGCGUCGGCGGACCUGAAGUACCUGCUGGUGCCGGCCCUGCGGGGAGCCCUCACCCUGAAGCAGGUGGUGCCCGGCCAGCGUCUGGAGCAGGUGCAGCGGGCCCGCGCCCACUUCGCGGACUUCCUCAAGCGCUGCCAGGACUACCAGCUGACCGCGGCCGAGCCCCCCGCCGCACGCCCCGCCGGGCCUCCCGGGGCCCGGCCCGGCCUCGUGGCCGCGGCCGCCCACAGGCGGGCCAAAAUCGAGAGGUACAAGCAGAAGAAGGAAGCGGAGAGCCAGCUGGCGGCGCUCAGAGGGGCCGUGGACGGCGGCCGGGCGGACGAGGAGCAGCUGCGGGCCUACUACCUGCUGCACGUGCAGAAGUGGGUCGGCACCAGCCUGGACGAGAUCGAGAGCAUCGACCAGGAGGCCGAGAUCCUGAGGGGCCGGGACCAGCUCGGGCAGCAGGUGGGGGGGACCCCGGGGUCACCCACGCCGCCCCCGAUGAAACCCUUCGUCCUCACCCGGGACGCCGCCCAGGCCAAGGUCUUCGGCCUCGGCUACCCGAGCCUGGCCACCAUGACGGUGAACGAGUGGUACGACCAGCACGAGAAGUGGGGGGCGCUGCCCGACCAGGGGAUCCCCGGGACCCCAGCAGGGGCGGCGGAAGAAGAAGAACGGGACCAAGAGCGGAAGAAAGAGGAGGAGGAGGAGGAGGAGGAGGAGGAGAAAGCCCUGCAGAAAGCCCGAGGGUGGGAUGAGUGGAAGGACACGCAUCCCCGUGGCUAUGGCAACCGGCAGAACAUGGGCUGACCCCCUCCCGGCCCCCUAUCCCCUCCCGCCGCCCCCCCAACCCCGGGCCAGGGCCGGGAACCGGGGAUCCGCACGCCAACCCGGCCCGCGGCCCCCCGGAGGGGCGGGGGGCGGGGCCCGGUCGCCGGCCCCCGGUGGGCGGCCGGCGGGGGUGGGGUCCGGCCGGCGGGUUUAUUUAUUUUCUAGUUCCGGAAUAAAGUCCCCCCUCGUCGCAGCC